UGGAGCCCCGGCGCUCGCGUCUCAGCUCCGCUCCGCUCCGCUCCGGUUCGGUCCCCGAUCUGCAUCUUUCCGCUUCCGGAAUAACCCCUGACUGCUGCUCUAACUCGCUGAGUAGACUCGGGCUCAACUGGGACCCCUGUGCAUAGUUUCCAUCUUAACCUCCCUGAGGGUCCCCCACCUCCAACGAGUCACAAAAACGAUGAAGUGUUUUCCUUUGUCCGAGCUUCUUACUCCCAGGCUGCCACCCCGAAUCCAACAACGUGCCCAUUUCAGCCCCUCUCACAUCCCCGGAUGUCUGGUGGUGGUGUAGUCGCUCAGUCGUGUCCUGACUCUUGCGACCCUAUGGACUGUAGCCCACCAGGCUCCUCUGUCCAUAGUAUUCUCCAGGCAAGAAUACUGGAGUGGGUUGCCGUUUCCUUCUCCAGGGGAUCUUCCUGACCCAGGGAUCGAACCCAGGUCUUCUGCGCUGCAGGCCGAUUCUUUACGACUGCGCCCCCGAUGUCUAGCACGUCCUAUUUGUUCCCUUUCUACUUGUUCUCUGUCCCCUAUUCUCUGUCCUCCAAGCUUUGAAGGCCUUCCCUGCGUGUCCCCGGCUUCACGGCCCUCCCCCGUAGCCCAGGGUGGAGGAGCCCCAGCUCAGGAUAGAUAACCGUUUCCUCGAAGGGUUCUUCAGCUCUUCUUGAGUUACCUUUGUGUCCUCAUUCCCUGUACCCAUUCUUAAAGUCCCUCCUACAAAACUACCUGCAUGCAUUUGUCCCCCACCUGUAAGGCGAGUGCGGAGAAAAAGAAAACGAGCCAGGUUCUCUACAUAAUCCUCCGCUAUAGCGAGACUGAAAUCACCUCGGUACGCGCCGCCCCAGCCAGACCUCCCAGCCACAGGGGGCGCUGUCCACAUUGCCCCCCUCCUUCCCUGCACAAAGAGGACAACCCCUCGCUCUCGAAUCUGUGGUGAGAGGAAGAGGCGGGUCAAGGCCUGGUAAAGGAGGAGGUGCGUCCAAAAAGCUGGUCCUGUCCGGGAACGGCGGGAGGGCGAAAGGUGGUAGAUAACAGCGAUCGGUACCAGCCACUUAAGAAUAGUACAGGGGCGGGGAGGGCGGCAGAAGGCUGUCCUCUGGUUAAUGCCCCGCGUGGGACCACGUGAUUAGAGUGGUCCCGCCCUCCUCCGCCGGAACCAGGUGUUCGAAUCCCUUCUCCAGAACUAGCAGCAUUUCAGUCCUACCGGCGUGAGGCGCCAAAGGACCCGCCCUGCGGCUCAUGGCAGCGCCCGUCCGGCUGGCCCGGAAACGCCCGCUGCCUGUUUGCCCCAACCCUCUCUUCGUACGCUGGCUGACCGAGUGGCGGGACGAGGCAGCCAGCAGAGGGCGCCGCACGCAAUUUGUGUUUCAGAAGGCGCUGCGCUCCCUCCGGCGGUAUCCACUGCCCCUGCGCAGCGGCAAGGAAGCUAAGAUCCUCCAGCACUUCGGAGACGGGCUUUGCCGGAUGCUGGACCAGCGACUGCAGCAGCAUGAAGCAUCAGGCGGGGACCAUGCCCCGUGUUCACCAUCCGGAACCAAGAGCCCAGCCCGGGAAAGGCCACCUGCUGAAGUCCAGGACCCUUCCAUGCCAGUGAGGAAGGAGCAGGUCCCAACCCAGCUCAAAGCAGGCGGCCCUGGCAGCUACUGGCCAGCUCGGCACUCGGGAGCACGAGCAGUCCUGCUGCAGCUAUACAAGGAACACCUGAAUCCUAGCGGCCAGGGCUUCCUAACCAAGGGGGAGCUGUUGCAGAGGUGUGCCCCAAAGGUUUCCAGGGUGGCCCCUGGAAGUGCUCGCCCCUGGCCAGCCCUCCGUUCGCUCCUUCACAGGAACCUGGUCCUCAGGACACACCAGCCAGCUAGGUACUCACUGACCCCGGAGGGUCUGGAGCUGGCCCAGAAGCUGGCUGACUCAGAGGGCCUGAGCUUGCUGAAUGUGGGCAGCAGGCCGGAGGAGCCCCUUGGGGAGGAGCCUGAAGUGCCAGGAGCGGCUUCAGCUGAGCUUGGCACCAGUGAAGGGAGCGUCCAGCAGCCCCUCCUGGAGCUGGGGCCUGGAGAGUACAGGGUGGUGUUGUGUGUGGACGUCGGUGAAACCAAGGGGGCGGGCCACAGGCCAGAGCUGCUCCGAGAGCUGCAGCGGCUGCACGUGACGCACACGGUGCGGAAGCUGCAUGUCGGGGACUUUGUGUGGGUGGCCCAAGAGACCAGUCCCAGAGACCCAGCACGACCUGCAGAGCUAGUCCUGGACCAUAUCGUGGAGCGAAAGCGGCUGGACGACCUAUGCAGCAGCAUCAUCGACGGCCGCUUCCGGGAGCAGAAGUUCCGGCUGAAGCGCUGUGGCCUGGGGCGCCGAGUGUACCUGGUGGAGGAGCAUGGUUCCAUGCACAACCUCAGCCUUCCUGAGAGCACACUGCUGCAGGCUGUCACCAACACUCAGGUCAUCGACGGCUUCUUUGUGAAGCGCACAGCGGACAUUAAGGAGUCGGCCGCCUACCUGGCUCUGUUGACACGGGGCCUGCAGAGGUUCUACCGGGGUCACACCCUCCGCAGCCGCCCCUGGGGCACCUCUGGGGACCCUGAAUCAAAGGCCGGGCCCUCCCCAAACCCUGUCUGCUCACUCCUCACCUUCAGCGACUUCAACGCGGGAGCCAUGAAGAACAAGGCCCAGUCCGUGCGGGACGUGUUUGCCAGGCAGCUCAUGCAGGUGCGCGGGGUGAGCGGGGAGAAGGCGGCGGCCCUGCUGGCUCGGUACAGCACCCCUGCCAGCUUACUGGCCGCCUAUGAUGCCUGUGCCACCCCGAAGGAACAGGAAAUGCUGCUGAGCACCAUCAAGUGUGGGCCGCUGCAGAGGAAUCUGGGGCCCGUUCUGAGCAGAACCUUGUCACAGCUCUACUGCAGCUAUGGUCCCCUGACCUGAGCUAUGCCACAGGAUAGACCCCCAUCUGCCCCCGUCUUCCCAGACUACCAGUCUUUUAACCAGAAUUUUUGGGCUACAGUAAAAAUCUUAAAUGUUUGCAUUUUUAUGUGUUAGAAGGAGGCCCCAAGGGUCUUGAAAGAUAUCCAGGUAAGAACAGGGGAGCAGUCAUGUCCAAUUUUUAAACUGAGCUCCUCGGGACCCUUUUGGUUCCCUUUCAGAGCACUGAAACUGCUAGGGAGAUGGAGUCAGUGAGGCGUUGCAACGUUGACUCUAGUUCACGUCAUCAGAGUUCUCUGAUCAAAUAAAAUUUCCUUUGAUGAGAA